AUGGGACGGCCUGGUGCGGCACAUUCAGUUGCCUGGAAACAUCACAACCGGGAGAUUCAGAUGGGUUCCAGGCCGCCUCAUGAUUCAGUUAGGACGAUAUUCGAGAUAUCGCAUUAUAUUUUCAUAAAGGAAACUACUGACAAGGUUGCCGAAAACUCUUCGACAGCCCACGACCGGUUUCUCCCUUCUCGGGGGUCAUCAGGUAGGCGCAGUCCCCGAGUUUCCGUCAACCUUAUGAUCUACUUGAACCCAAAUUGGACUGUUUUCCUUCGAAUACACAACCAUUUGCAAACUAAUUUGGUUUUUUCGAGAGACUCACCUGGAACCCGGGUGAAUCUCUCGUUUGUGAUGUUCUCAGACUGUCGACGUAUCUUCAGCAACCUUAUGAGUAGUACAUUACAAGAUAUACGUGUAUCGCGACAUCUCGAAUAUCGUAGCGACUGA